GGGGAUCCGGGCCCCGCCGAGCCGCAGGCGGGGCGGCGGCGGUGGAAGAGGCCGCUAAAGAAGAAGGGGAGAAAAGCUCCACCGGGACGGCAUCGAAGACGACAUGGAUCUGAGACCGGAGCUUCCCACAGUGUCCUCCGCCUCCCAGGUUCACCCGGGAGCGGCGGCGGCGGCCGCGGCAGCCUCCAUUCCUGUGUCCAUGGCCGGCAACUUGCUGCGCGGCCCUCCGCUGCUGCUGCGCGCCGCUGACAAGUACCCGCGGACGCCGAAGUGCGCCCGCUGCAGGAACCACGGCGUGGUCUCCGCCCUAAAGGGCCACAAGCGCUACUGCCGCUGGAAGGACUGCAUGUGCGCAAAGUGCACGCUCAUUGCCGAGCGGCAGCGGGUGAUGGCUGCGCAGGUGGCGCUGCGGCGGCAGCAGGCGCAGGAGGAGAAUGAAGCCCGGGAGCUGCAGCUGCUGUACGGCACCGCCGAGGGCCUGGCCCUGGCCGCGGCGAACGGCAUCAUCCCGCCGCGUCCCAACUAUGAGGUGUUCGGCUCUGUCAACAGCGAGAGCAAUUCAGAGUCCAGUAUCCAGAAGUAUGAACUGUUUCCAAAGACCCAGUUGUCCGGGUCAACCACCCCUCAGAAGUCCGUGGGGAAACCGGCGUCCACCGAGAGCGACUCUGCCCCAGGCAUGUCUUCCCCGGACGGCCGGCACGGAGGAGGCUCGGGGUCAGAAAACGGAGACAGCGAGUCUUUCGUCAACUCGCCGGUGUCAAAGCCUUUGAAGGACGGAGAGGAAACUCCCGGGUCGGUCAGCUCCCUCGGAUCGGACUCAGGUUCCGAGACCGACAAAGACGAACAGGAGCCCUCUCCGUCCUCCGCAGCCUCCCGACACAUGAACGCCAUCGACAUCCUGACCCGGGUAUUCCCCAGCCACAAGCGCAGCGUCCUGGAGCUCGUCCUGCAGGGCUGCGGGAAAGACGUGGUGCAGGCCAUCGAGCAGAUCCUCAACAACAGCGGCGCACAGGCCCCCAACAAGGCCGGGCCGGAAGAGACGUGGACGGCCGAGAGGAUGCUCCAAAGCGCGCAACAGCCUCCUGCUGGAUCCGCAACCGCAGCCACCCCGACGAGGCCGAUGCUCCCUGGAGCCAUGACGCUGAGCAACCGCUCCGCGUUCUCCCCGCUCCAGCCAAACGCCCCGCACUUCGGGGCAGACCCCGGCACUUACCCGCUGGGAACCCACCUGGGACUGAACCCGCUGCGGCUGGCCUACUCUGCGCACAGCCGGGGACUGGCUUUCAUGACGCCCUACUCCACCACAGGGCUUAUGCCCACCUUGGGCUUCAGGCCCCCCAUGGACUAUGCUUUUAGCGACCUGAUAAGAGACAGGACAAUGCUGCACAAGGAGCAAGGCUAUGCCAGCGGCCUGUACGGGCCUUUAGUCAACAACACGCCGGACAAACAGUGAGACUGGUGGACACGAAAACACAUUUCAUUGUAUUAUAAUAAAUCUGUGAUGUGUUUUGGCUGCACUCUGUGUAUAUUAGAGUUAUCAAACUUGUAGACAAUUGUUCUAAGGCGGAGAAACUGAAUUAUGUGUGACUUUGAAGCUUAUGUCAAACGUUAAAUGACAUAAAAUCUGGACGAUUUCCCCUGCUUACCAGCCUCAUAAAAUCAUAACGAGUUCCAGGACAAAUCGAGCUUGAGAGGAACUCAGACCUUUAUGUAAUAUUAUAAUGAGAUAAAUAUUUAUCCCUGGGUUUGAUUUUUUUAUAGCCUGUCUUAUUUCAACGCCGCCUGGUAAAACUAAAAAUCGGAUAAUAAAUGAUGCAACAUGAGUAAUGUGUACAGACCUUGUUUUCUAUCUCUUUUUUCCCUAUAAUUUCAACAAUCUCACUUUUCUGUCUGUAUGAUAUGAAUAUAACCUAUUGCCUCAGGCAGCAGGAAAUGCUGUUUGACUUCUUUAUAAGUUAGUCACACCCCCUUUUUGAAUGGUGAAAGAUGUGAUGUCACAUAAAU